AUGGGUAGGUUUAGGGGAGUUGGAGGGGAGGGGAAGGAGUUGGGGGAGGAAGUUGCUGUGAAGGAGGAGGAGGUGGGUGGGCUGAGGAGAGAGUUGGAGGUUGCAUUGAAAGCAGCUGAGGAGGCGAAGGAGGAGGGUGAGAAGGUAAGGAAAGUGGCUGAGGAGCUAAAGAAGGAGAUGGAUGCGUUAGUAGGGGCGAAGGAGGCGGAGAUUAAAGCCAAGGAGAAGGAGAUUCAGGGGCUAAAGGAGAAGCUGGAGCAAGCGGUAGCAGAGAAGGGAUCAGGCGAGGCGGAGGCUGCUAAGAUGGGCGAAGACAGGAAGGCGUUAGAGGGCCGGGUGGCGGAGCUUCAAGGGGAGCUGGAGAAGGCGAAAGCGGAGGUGGAGAGCGGUAAAGAGGAGUUGGAGAGGGUUAAAGGGGAAGCAGAGAAAGCACAAGGGGAGGCAGAGAGUGUUAAAGGGGAACUCGAGAGGGUGAAAGAGGAGGCAGAGAGAGCGAAAGGGGAGGUGGAAAAGGGUGUGGUUGAAGUGGAGGAGGCGAGAGGCGCGCUUAAGGCAGCAGAGGAGAGGGUGAAAGAAUUGGAGGCUGAGGAGCUGGCGAAGGUGAAUGCUGAGCUGGCGACGGCAAACGCUGAGCUGGCGCGGGUGUCGGGUGAGCUGGCGCAGGCUGCAGCUCCCGUGUGUGGCGGCGGCGGAGGAGGGCGGCUGCCAGAGUGGCGGGCGCUGCAGAGGGAGGCGAUGGGGAAGGCUGAGUCAGCAGAGAGUGAGCUGGCGACAGGUAAGAAGGGUUUGUCCACUUGUGAGAAAUUUCAAAAGCUGGUGACAGGUAAAAACACGCUCAUCAUAAUCACACCCUGCUGCUUUAUCAGUAUCAUAUCAUGCCAGUUCCUUUAUUACUCUCCGUUUCCUUCUCUUACUGUCUCGAUCAUCUGUGCGCAGCAAGCUGGAGGCAGAGGUGAGGCAGCGGAGGACAAGUAUGCGGAGCUGGACAGCAAGUUCAACCGCCUGCAGAAGCGCGCCAAGCAGAGAAUCCAGGAAGUGACCAAGGGUUUGAUGGAGUUUGAUGAGGCAGAGAAGGAGGAGGCAGAGAGGAAGCUGGCAGAGGAGAGGAAGCAGCAGGCAGCUCUGCAGGAGGAUCUGGAGAGAGCCAAGGGGGUGGCUGCAGAGGGGCCGUCCCAUCCCCUUGCCCCAUACCCCGUUCCCUGCUGUUCUCCCCUCACCUUGCAGGAGAAGGAGGAGGCAGAGAGGAAGCUGGGUGAGGAGAGGAAGCAGCAGGCGGCGCUGCAGGAGGGCCUGAAGAGAGCCAAGGAGAUGGCUGCAGAGGGCCCCUCUCAUCACCUUGACCCCAACCCGUUCCCUGUUUUCCACCCAAUCCCCUGUCUGCCACACCUUGCAGGAGAAAGAGGAGGCAGAGAGAAAGCUGGCAGAGGAGAGGAAGCAACAGGCGGCUCUGCAGGAGGAUUUGGAGAGAGCCAAGGGGGUGGCUGCAGAGCGCAGGAGAAGGAGGAGGCAGAGCGGAAGCUUGGUGAGGAGAGGAGCAGCAAGCGGCCGUUCAGAGGAGGAUCUGGAGAGAGCCAAGGGGGUGGCUGCAGAGGCGCAGCGGACGGAGGCCGGAAGGACAAGGAUCAGCUGCGGAAGACCAACGCGUCGCUUAAAGAAGAAGUGGACGAGCUGAGGCGGGCCUUGGAACUGAAGGAGCACAAUCUGAAGGAGUCGCGCAGGCUGGCAGCAGGCAAGGAGCAGGCGUGGCUGGAGCUGUCGAGCUCAGCACAGGAGGAGCGGGAGCGCAUGGCAGGGGCAGUGAAGGAGGUGGAGGAGCGAAUGGAGCGGAUGGGGAAGGAGCAGGAGGCGCGCGCGGCUGAGCUGCAGAGGGAGCUGAAUAAAGCACUGGAGAGCAGCAGUGCGCUGCAGGUAAGGGCAGUGGCGUUCCUGGUUAGGGUAACCGCGUGUCCAGCUGUCGCAGAAGGAGCGCCAGCUGGCAGAGGUGGAGGCCGCCACGUCAGUGGCGAGCUGGCGCGGCUGUCGGCCACUCUGGAGGCGACACGUGGCGAGCUGCACCGGCUGGAGCAGAAGCUGCAGGAGGAGCGGAGCGGGUGGGAGGAGACGGUGGGGCAGCUGAAGAGGCGGGUGGAGGGGAUGGAGAGGGGGAAGCGCAUGCAGGAGGUGGCGUUGCAGGAGGCGAAGGGGGCGUGGCAGCAGGAGGUGGAGGGGCAGAAGAAGGCCGUUGCUGCCGCCCUGGCGGACCUGGCUGCUGCUCAGGCAGAGGUGAGUCAAGCAGGGGGGGAGACUGAGAAGGACGGCUGGGAGGAGACGGUGGGGCAGCUGAAGAGGCGGGUGGAGGGGAUGGAGAGGGGGAAGAGGAUGCAGGAGGUGGCGUUGCAGGAGGCGAAGGGGGCGUGGCAGCAGGAGGUGGAGGGGCAGAAGAAGGCCGUUGCUGCUGCUCUGGCGGAUUUAGCUGCUGCACAGGCGGAGGUGGCGAAGGGGCGUGAUGAGCUGGCGGCGUACAAGGUGCGGGCGGCAGCGAUGCUGAAGAAGAAGCAGGAGGAGCUGGAGGCGGUGGGGAACGCGGAUGCCAUGGCGAGCAAGGAAGAGGCAAUCCAGGAGGCGAAGCGGGCAAAGGCAGCAGCAGUGGCGGAGAGGGACAGAGCGCUCAAGGCUUUGGAGGAUGCUGCUGUGGACCAUGAGACGCAGAUGGCAGCGCGGUGA